AUGGCCGAUAUCUUGGACGGCUGGGAGCCGAAUUUAUUCGAGAUCCUUAUGGGGGAGAGCCCCCCUCCAUUCGACCCAGCGCCGGUCAUCCCACCCGGCUGGAAGAUCCGGCCACCGGGGGCCUCAGUGGACGAACAGACCAUCCGAGCGGCCCACAUUGUAAAGAUCUUAGGUCUCAAAAGAGUAGAAAACGGAUCCAUAACCAAGCUGCGUGAGCUAUCUGACAGCUUCAAUGUCCAUAUGCGUGCGCUCAGUAGUCUGGGCACAACAGAGCAGAUAGCCAGUGCCAUGAUUGCUCAGAUACUGCUACAGAAGCUUGAUGAGGCCUCACAAGCUAAAUGGGAAGAGAAAUUGGACAACUCAGAGACGGCUCUUCAGAUACCCAGAUAUGAAGAAGUCUCCUCAUUUCUUGAGCUUCGUUGCCGUACUUUGGAAUCGAUGAAAUUUGCUCUUACAAACUAUUCGUCAAUACUCACAGUUGCAAUUUUUGUAAUGAUCUUGAGCACACAAUCUACAAAUGCCCAAGAUUCUCCUAGUCUUCGCCUGAAUGAGGUCCGAAAGGCUGGCUUAUGUUUGAAUUGUCUCAUGGGAGGUCAUCAGUCGCGACAAUGUGGCUCGCGCAGUUGUCGGGUCUGUGGAGUCAAGCAUCAUACGCUUCUUCAUCUCGGCCACUCCAGCACAUCGCAGGCAGCAAUUCCGCCCCAUCAACAAUCUUCAACAUCAAGAGUACAGACCAUCCCUCAGCCCUCAGCACCAGCCACUACUCUCUUAUCCAAGGAUCGGCACAGCGAUGUUGUGCUCCUGGCUACCGCAGUGGUUCUGGCAAGGAAUCGGUUUGGCGAGCUUGUUCCUUGUCGUGCACUUUUAGAUUCAGGCUCUCAACUACAUCUCAUUACAGCCAGAUUUGCGAAUCUCCUGCAACUUAAGAGAACAAAAUCGGUGGCAUCUGUAUGCGGCGUAGGCGACUCCAAUGUUGCCAUGGAUGGCAGCAGCAUUUGCCUCACUCUUCAAGCUCAUGCAUCUGAAUAUACAACUAGCAUAACGGCUAUGGUAGCUACAAAUAUAACUGGCAGGCAGCCCAGUUCUAAUGUGAAUACGAGCAAUUGGAGCAUACCGCAAAAUAUAGUGCUGGCAGAUCCAGCUUUCCAUAGGCCGCAACGAGUAGAUCUGCUUAUCGGAGCUAGCCUGUUUUAUGAUUUGCUCUGUGUGGGACAAAUCAAGUUGAUGCCUGGACUUCCAUUGUUACAGAAGACUCGUCUUGGUUGGGUUGUAUCAGGUGGCGAGGCUAGCAACCACAACUCCGUGCUAAUAGCUUCAAAGACGCCUUUGGAUCCGAUUACAGACUCCUGUGCUGAUAUCAAGUUGGACAGUCUCGUUCGUCGCUUUUGGGAAGUUGAGCGCUGCAGCGAUUCCAUUGUAAAGUUCAGCAAGGAAGACUCAGACUGCGAAGCGCAUUUUGCGAGGCAUUACAAUCGAUUGGCUAGUGGCCAAUAUACAGUACGCUUGCUUGUUAAGCUUAGUUGCGAGCUUCUUGGAGAUUCUUAUGAGCAAGCGCGACAUCGGUUUCUCAAUUUGGAGAAGAAAUUGAGUCGUUUGCCGCAUAUAAAGUCUCAAUACUCAGCAUUUCUGAAAGAAUAUUUUCUUCCUCAUCACUGCGUUCUGAAGGAUGAUAGCACAACUACCAAGCUUCGCGUCGUCUUUGAUGGAUCUGCAUCUACAACAACUGGGCAUUCGUUGAAUGACAUUCUAAUGUCAGGUCCCGUCAUUCAGCCAAAAUUAGUCGACAUAUUAUUGCGCUUCCGAUCUUAUCCAGUUGCACUCACCGGCGAUAUUUGCAAAAUGUAUCGUUGCGUGAAAGUACCUGAGCCGGACAGCUAUCUACAAUGCAUUUUAUGGAGGAAUUCGCCAGAUGAUGAGUUGGAAGUUUUCAGGCAUGAUACGGUAACAUAA